GCCUGGGCGGAGAGGGAGGAAAACUUCUUCCUGGCCUGGGCUCCGGCUGCUCUGUCUGCCAACCCUCCAAUCCCGCCUACCAGUGCCCGGCGCUUCCCCACCCCUCCCCCGGCUCCCCCAGUGUCCGCCAUGGCCAAAGCCUACGACCACCUCUUCAAGUUGCUGCUGAUCGGGGACUCGGGGGUGGGCAAGACUUGUCUGAUCAUUCGCUUUGCAGAGGACAACUUCAACAACACUUACAUCUCCACCAUCGGAAUUGAUUUCAAGAUCCGCACUGUGGAUAUAGAAGGGAAGAAGAUCAAACUGCAAGUCUGGGACACAGCUGGCCAAGAGCGAUUCAAGACGAUAACUACUGCCUAUUACCGGGGAGCCAUGGGCAUUAUCCUAGUAUACGACAUCACAGAUGAGAAAUCCUUCGAGAAUAUUCAGAACUGGAUGAAGAGCAUCAAAGAGAAUGCCUCCGCUGGGGUGGAGCGCCUCCUGCUGGGGAACAAGUGUGAUAUGGAGGCCAAGAGGAAGGUGCAGAAGGAGCAGGCCGAUAAGUUGGCUCGGGAGCAUGGAAUCCGAUUUUUCGAAACAAGUGCCAAAUCCAGUAUGAAUGUGGAUGAGGCUUUCAGUUCCCUGGCCCGGGACAUCUUGCUCAAGUCAGGAAGCCGGAGAUCGGGAAACAGCAACAAGUCCCCCAGCACUGACCUGAAAACUUGUGACAAGAAGAACACCAACAAGUGCUCCCUGGGCUGAGGACCCCUUUUUGCCUUCCCACCCUAAGCCUGGAGGCUGAACCUGAGGGAGGCAGGGCUGAGCGGCUGGGCAGGGGAGAAAUAGCAGGUGGGGCUUGGAGUGAUAGAGAUGGGUAGACGGUGGAAGAAUGAGGAGAAAAUGGAGAAGAAAAAAGGAAGGAGAGGGAAGGAAAGAGGAAAAGAAGGAAAGGAGGCAGAAUAGGCAAGGUGAAGAGAAAGAAUUGAGGAAGUGAAAAAAGGUGAGAAGGAGGUAGGGAGAGAGGGAGGAGGAAAGGAGGGAUACAUGGCCCUGGGCCUCAGACCUUCCUUUUGUUUCCAGGGCAAACAUAAAUGUAAAUAAAUGAUUGCUUUAUUCUCAUACUGGGUCAGGUUUUAGCGUCCUGUGAGAGGCUGGCUCAGUGCCACCCUCUGAAGGUUUGGUCCUGUCUUGUCACUCUACAUGGUCUUUCUCAGUAUUAAAGGCUGCCAUUUGCACAAA